UUUUUAUCAGCAAUUUAUCAUUUCAAAAAUGUUGAUUGGACGUGAAAAAGAAUUUGAGUUAAUCGAGUCGUUGAUCUCAACAGCUUUAAAGGACAAAUCUUCACUUUGUGUUUAUAUCAGUGGUCCUCCAGGGACAGGAAAAACUGCGACAGUCAAGGAGGUGGUUAAUCAUUUGCAAUGGAAAAUUGAUAAAAAUGGACGUCAUAAAGAGUUUCAUUUUGUUCCGAUUGAUUGUUUUGCAUCAUCUACAACUACUUCUCUUGCUCAACAUAUUUUGCUUCGACUCGAAGCUCAAACAAAAAUAUCAAAUGGCAAACAAGUUUUGCAAGCUUUGGAAACCAAAAUUUCUAAAUGCAAAAUUCCCAUUUUAAUUCUGCUUGAUGAAGUUGACAACUUAGUUUCGCGCAAAGAUGAAAUAAUCUAUGACGCUUUUAAUUGGCCUAAUAAAUUUCCGGGACGUGUUAUUGUUAUAGGCAUUUCAAACUCUUUGGACCUUACAGAAAGACAACUAUCAAAAAUUAAAUUUUCUCAUCCUCCAAAAUCAAUUGUUUUUCCUCCUUAUACAAGUGAAAUGUUAAUUUCUAUUUUAACUUUAUAUCUUAAUGAUAUUGGAAACAAAUCGAGCAUUGAUACAAAAGCAAUAGAAUUAUGUGCAAGAAAGGUAGCUUCAAUGACUGGGGAUGUUAGAAGAGCUUUGGAUAUUGCCUCACAAAUGAUAGUUAAUUUUGAUGAGGAAUUGGAAGAGCAAAAUUCUCCAAAAAAUGAUGAUAAACUGAAGGAAGUUAACAAUAAAAUUGUUGAUUUGGAUAAGAAUGAGUUUAAAAUUCAACGCAGGAAUUCGUUAAAGACGCCUUUAAAAGAAGAAAGCAAAGAAAAUGUCCCAUCUUUGAAACGGCGUCUUCCACAAUCUUUGGCAAAGGGUGACGUGACACCAAAAAAGAAUGCUUGCCGUGAAGUUUUGAAUGCAAUUAAUAAGACAAUGGCUUCACCUUGCCAACGUUCCAAACUUCCCCAACAUCCACGUAUUUUAUUGGCUACACUAAUGCGAUUAAUUUCUUCCGAUACUGAAAAGGUUCUUGUAGCGGCAGAUUCUUCACCUUUUCAUACACCCCCGCGAACACCAAAACGAUCAGAAUUCGCAACACCUACUCGAUUGAAUCGAACUCCGAAACGUUUAUUCUCUACAAAUAAUGGCAAAUCUGUUCAGAAUUCUCAAUUUGAUUCUUCAAGUGUAACACGCGAUCGUCUUUUUCAAGCCUAUUUGCUUGUUUGCGAAAAGUUGAUGCUUCAACCUUUAGCUACAGAUGAAUUGGAUAAUGCUUAUGAAGUAUUGGAAUCUCAGGCUAUAAUUUCUUUAAGUAAACCAAUUAAUGGAAAAAAUAAACAACAAAGAGUUUGCUUCAUGGUAUGAAGUUAUAUUUUAGAUUAAUUUUUGUUAGCAACUGCAAGUAAUGUUGAUGGAAAUCCCCCCCCCCCCCAGUAAGGUUGAUGGAAAUCCCAGAAACUGAACUUAAUUUUUUAUCAAAGUAGUGUGAAGCUUGUUCGGUAACGGGUUUUGGGAAUAAUUUUUGGGGAGGAAAUGUGAUUUUGGUGCAUUAUAAGAUUUCGUUUUUUAGUGUUAGGAGAAGUACUCAAGGAAAAUUUUACCAAGGAGUUCAUUUCAAUAAAAAAAAAUUUUUUCCGG